GAGGAUGUGCUCAGUGCCAACGCCCGGAGCUGCUCAGCCUGGGAUGUGGUGGGGCACAUCUUCAGUGAGUUCAGCCGCACCACGGGAAGAAGGGCAGCUGGAGACCUUUCUGCCCAGGAAGCCCAGGAAGAAGGAGCUCUCCAAGAGCUCUGUAUGGACAUCCUGGAGUCGCUGGAUGUCUCUGUGAGCGGGAUGACCAAACUCCUGUGGCCACGGCUGCUGCUGUACGUGGUGCCAGCCCAGUACACCGGCAUGCUGAUCCCGGUCUCCCGCUGUGUCCAAGCGUUGGCUGAGAGAGGGGACCUGAUGGUGCGGGAGGUGGAAGAACUGGAUCCCCAUUUCCUCAGCUCCAUGUUUCAAGGCCCACUGCUGACUCCCCAGACACUGCUGGCACGCCUGCUGGUGGUGGCAGGGAGCCCUUUUGCAGGCAGCGAACUCCAAGCCGCUGCCUUGCUGCUGAUGCAAAACCUCCACAGCAGGAUCCACAGAGCUGUGGGGGCCAUGUGGGCCGCUGAGAUCCCCCUGCUGCUGCAGUACCUCCAAGGGAAAGAUGAGAGCUUCCCGGACUCUGCAGGGUGGGAGCAGCGUCUAUUAAAGGUACAGCAUUUCCAGAAGGCACGGUGCAGAGAAGUGUCUGCCUGUCUCAAGGAGCCCCGUUCCCAGAGAAGACAGGAACAGCCUCUCAAAUGCUGCUGCGGAGCGGCCGCACGCCUCUGUGCUGCUGCCUCUUCCUCUUUGUCCCAAGCCCAAGGGGGAUCCCAGGAGAAGAGCAGCAGGCAGCUAUAA